AUGGAAUCUUUGACAAUUCAGGCAAUUGGCCUUGUAAUUCUAGUGACAUUGCUGCUGAAUCCUGUAUUUUGUUUGAACAAUUGCAACUUUCCAGCCAUUUUCAACUUCGGCGACUCGAAUUCGGAUACCGGAGGUCUGUCGGCGGCCUUUGGCCAAGCUCCGCCUCCCAAUGGAGAAACCUUUUUCCACACCCCGGCUGGAAGAUAUUCAGAUGGGCGUCUCCUGAUUGAUUUAAUAACUGAGAGAUUGGGAUUACCUUAUCUAAGCCCAUAUCUGGAUUCACUGGGUUCCAACUUCAGCCAUGGAGCUAAUUUUGCAACUGCUGGAUCAACAAUCAGACCUCAAAACACAACCAUGGCUCAGAGUGGAUAUAGUCCAAUCUCGCUCGAUGUGCAGUUUGUUCAGUACUUGGAUUUUCAGAGAAGAGCGAAAAUUAUUCGCAAACAAGGGUUCUUUAAGAACUUACUGCCAGAUGAGGGCUAUUUUUCUCGUGCAUUAUACACAUUUGACAUUGGCCAAAAUGAUCUCACUGCUGGUUAUAAACUCAACAUGUCCACUGAGCAAGUUAAGGCAUAUGUUCCUGAUUUACUGGGUCAAUUUUCCAAUGUUAUAAAGUAUAUAUAUGAUCGAGGUGGAAGGUCGUUUUGGAUACACAACACAGGACCGUUGGGGUGUCUGCCAUAUGUUAUGGAUCGGUUUUUAGUUACCCCGGCUCAGAUUGAUAAAUAUGGUUGCGCAAGUCCAUUUAAUGAGGUUGCGCAGUAUUUCAACCUUCGGCUGAAGGAAGCAGCUAUGCAACUCAGAAAGGAGCUUCCUUCAGCUGCAAUCACAUAUGUCGAUAUUUAUACAGCGAAAUAUUACCUCAUCAGCCAUGCCAAGAAGCUAGGAUUCGAGGACCCGUUUCUAGCUUGCUGCGGUCAUGGUGGGAAAUACAACUAUAACAGAUUUAACAAAUGUGGGAGUAAGAAAUUUGUCAAUGGGAAAGAGAUCAUACUAGCCAAGUCUUGUAGGAACCCUUCUGUUCGAAUUAAUUGGGAUGGAACUCACUUCACUGAGGCAGCCAAUAAGUGGAUCUUCGAUCAAAUUGUUGACGGUUCAUUUUCUGACCCUCCAUUUCCUUUGCAGUUUGCUUGUCAUAGGAUGGAUCACUGA